AUGACAGCUGCCAAUAUGAAAAAGCUUUCCUGCCUGGCCAUAACAAAAUGCAGCUGUCUCUUUAUUUGCAAGAGACACUUCACUUAUGAUAACAUUGACGUAACGCUAGAUUGGGAAAAUGCAGACGACAUAGCAGACCUACUUUUGGAGGAAUACAAGCAUGUAGACCCAUUAACGUUGCGAUUUGAGGAGUUAGAAAACAUGGUAAUGGAUACCGUUGUGAAGAAAAACAAAAAGAAGUUAAGCGGCAGGUGUAAUGAAGGCGCUCUCGAAAAUAUUCAAAUGAACUGGCUGGAGAAAUAUAAUGAGGAGAAUAGUUAA